GGGGAUCACGGCCUCGGCCCUCUGGGAGACAUCUCCCGGGAGGUCUUCGGGUGGCAGGGCAUCCGUUUCUGCUAUGUGGCCAUCCUCGCCUCUCAGUUCGGCCUUGCCGUGGCCUACACCGACGUCAUCGUGCCCACGGUGAUGAAAAUGCUGGGGCUGUCGAAGCUCACAGUUCAGCUGUGGGUGUUUGGAAUCUCUGGAAUCCUCAGCUUCAUCAAGCAGCUGCAGGGCCUCGCAUGGCUCUCCAUCGUUGCUCUGGCUGCCUUUAUGUACAUCGCGGUUGCCCUGCUUCACUUUGGUCUUGUCGAGAUUCACGCUGGCCGGGACAGCUUCGAGGAUUCGUGGUGGCCACUGCGAUUCGAAGGCUUGGGCUCUUUUCUCGGACCUACCAUCUCCGCUUUCGAAGGCGUUGUGGUGUCGCAAUACGCCUUUGCGGACAUGAAAGUGGACGAUCCGGCUCCGUUCAAGAGGGUCGUGAUCAUCAGCCACGCUUUCGCGUUGGCGCUGUUUGCCUUCAUAGGAUGCUUCGGCUUCGGCGUGUAUGGCGACGAUGUCUCCGAGAUCAUCUACGAGAGCUUCCCCGCGCACUCCCUCGAUGUCCAGCUUUGCAAAGUGACGGUGUGUAUCGUGCAGAUGAUCAACUUCCAGGUUCAGAUGUAUCCGCUCUUCAUGGUGGGUGAGACGACUCUCCGAGGUUGGUUGGAGCAGAGCUACGAGGGCCCAGAUUUGUCGAAUCUCAGCACAAGUGAUGACGACAACUCAUGGGAGAGCGACAAGGCAGAGCUUUGGAAGUCCGGUGGUUCGAAACCGAACAGCUGUUUCGCCUGGCUGCUCUCCGCG